CUUAUUUCGAUAUAACUUACUAUGACAAAGAGAGCUAGCUGCUGGAAAAAGAAAGCAGUUUAUCUAACUCCUUUUAUUCUCGGCUGUAUUGCUCAGCUUGUCUCGGCAUCUGAGGCACAGCAACAGGUCUUGACUACUUCGAUAGAAAAAGGCAAUAUAGACCAUAUAAAUGAAGGUCAACGUUUAUACCAAGAAGCAUUGAAACAGCUAGACAUGAUUCAAAAGAAAUACACUAACAACACAUCUAAAUCCAUAGUCAAGUCUAGCAUGACUGAUCAAUUGAUUCAGAAAAUAAUGAAUUUCUGGCAACCCACUUCUACAACAUCCCUAACAUCACCUGAACAAGAGCACUCUAAAAAGAAUGACUUUGACAGUAUUACACUUACACUUGAGAAGUCUGCCCGAGAAUAUCAAAAUAACGAUGCAUUGUUACUCUUGGCAGAACUCAAUUUUUUCUCUAAAUACAGUCAUCCUAGAAACUAUCGUCAUGCUUUUGAUUAUUACAAUGAAUUGGCUGCUAAAGGCAAUGCUACAGCACAGCAGAUGAUUGGCUUUAUGUAUUCUACAAGUAUAGGCAACGUUGUGCCAAGAGAUCAAGCCAAAGCCCUUUUAUAUCAUACAUUUGCUGCACAUGGCGGCGAUACAGCAGCUGAAAUGACUAUAGGCUAUCGUUAUAUGAUGGGCAUUGGAACAGACGAGAAAUGUGAGGAUGCACUCUACCAUUACAAAAACGUAGCUACCAAGGUCAUUGACUAUUAUUUAUCCGGUCCUCCUGGUGGCCAUACACCACCAUUAUCCAAAGUAAGAUUGUCUGAAAAGGAAGGCGGCAUUUAUGGCUAUGGUGCUAGUAUGACAACAGAUAAACGAUCUCGCUAUGGGAGCAGUCAAGAGAAAUCUGUCAGUAUUGAUGAAAUUCUGCAAUACUGGCGCUACUUGGCUGCGAAGCAAGAUGUAGAUGCUCAACUCAUGUUGGGUCAAGUGUAUUAUCUCGGUACUCGAAGUAUACCUCGCGACUUUAAUGAAGCCUAUCAGUUCUUUCAUCAGAUUGUCGAUAAAAUCCCUGCGAAUGGCAAAAUGCCUCCCAAAAACAGUAAAUUGAUCGGUCAAGCUGCUGGAUAUUUAGGUUUAAUGUACUGGCGUGGAGAAGGUGUGCAAGCCAAUGCAAGAGCAGCUCAUAAAUGGUUUGAAAUCGGUCGAAGUCUUGGUGACUCAACGUCUCAAAACUACCUUGGUAUGAUGUAUUUAGAUGGUAUUGUGGUUGUCAAAAACAGAGAUAAAGCUAUUGAAUUGUUCAAGAAAGCAGCCGAUCAAGAAAAUCCUCAUGCUCAAGUCAAUUUGGCUAUUGAAUAUGCUCAGUCAGAAUCAAGUCUACCAUUGGCUAUUCGUCUUUUUACAAAAGCAGCUGAUGCAAAGCAUUUGUUGGCUUAUUGGUAUUUAGCACAUAUGAACGAACAAAACAUGACCCCUCGACCUUCUUGUCGUGUAGCCGUGUCCUAUUACAAAGCCAUUGCAGAACGAGGUGAUUGGUUGAAUCCUACGGUUGAAGAUGCUUAUAAAGCUUACAAAGAAAAUGAUAAAGAAGAUGCCUUGCUGAAUUAUAUGCUUGCUGCUGAAAGAGGGUACGAAGUUGCUCAGUCGAAUGUAGCUUAUAUGUUGGAUCAAGAUAAGAAAAUGUUGACUCAUUUGCCUUUAAUUGGCGAUUUGCAAGAAGAUCAAUCCAAUCCCUUGGCGCUGAAAGGAUUAGAUCAACAAGAAUCUGCCUUUAUUUACUGGACUCGAUCUGCCAACCAAAACAAUGUAGAUGCUCGUAUCAAGAUGGGUGAUUAUUAUUUUAAAGGCAUUGGUACACCUGUAGACUAUGAAAAAGCUGUCUCUUGCUAUCGCUUAGCAGCUGAAAUACAAGGUUCUCCUUUAGCUUUUUGGAAUUUGGGCUGGAUGUAUGAAAACGGGAUUGGUGUGACCAAGGAUUUUCAUCUUGCUAAGCGUGCUUAUGACCAUGCACUCAGUCUUGAACAAGAUGCUUAUUUACCUGUCAAAUUGUCUUUAUUGAAGAUGUAUGUCAAGUAUUACUGGGAGUGGAUCACAGGACAUGAAGUAGGACCUGCUCUUCAAGACAACAAGCAUCAAGAAGGCAUUAAGAACAAAUUUGGUGCUUCAAAGAACAAAGAGGUAGAAGGUAGUCAAUACGACAUCGGUGAAGAAAUGGAACGCCAGUACAAGAUGAAGAAGCAAAAAGAGAGAGAGGAACAAGAGAGACUGAGUGACGAGAAUCCUUUUGGUGAUGAUCCUUAUGCUUUGGAUGAUUUUUCGGAGGAAGAUGAAUUGUUUGAGAGUUUGUUGAUUCUUUCGUUAUGCCUUUUAGUGGGUUAUCUUGUCUAUGUGAGACAGUUCCGUUUUGGUGGCGGUAAUCAACAGCAACAACAGCAACAACAACAGCAGCAGCAAAGAAAUAAUGGAUUUGCUGUUCCUGAUGCUGAUCAUCCUGAAAACAAUAAUAAUGUACAAUAA